CAUGUUUCAUCUCUGCAGAGUUUUCCCUCUGAUGAGGGCUGGCCGUUCGCCAAAUACCUGGGGGCCUGUGGCCGGAUGGUGGCGGUGAAUUAUGUGGGCGAGGAGCUCUGGAGCUUCUACAAUGCACCCUGGGAGAAAAGAGUGGAUCUGGCCAAGCAGCUGAUGGACAUCGCCGAGCAGCUGACCAACAACGACUUUGAGUUUGCCCUUUACCUCCUAGACGUGAGUUUCGACAACUUUGCAGUUGGGCCUCGUGACGGAAAAGUCAUCGUCGUCGAUGCAGAAAACAUCAUCGUGGCGGACAAGAGAUUGAUUAAGCGGAAUAAACCAGAGAACUAUGACGUGUGGUACGAGAGCCUCUACGAGGAAUGCGACAAAGAGGCCUGUCUCUCCUUCUCCAAGGACAUCCUCUGCUCUCGAGUCACCGUGGACCACAACUACUAUGCUAUCUGUCAGAACCUGCUCUCUAGAUUCGCCACCUGGCGCGGCACUACGGGCGGUCUCCUCCACGACCCCCCCGCCGACUUGGUCAAAGACGGCCGCCUCACGGCUCUGCUGGACGAGUGCACCAGGCCUCAGAAACAGUACGGUCGCUUCCAGGCAGCUAAAGAACUGCAGGAGUACCUGACAGAACUCACACAGCUGAGCAAUACUAACAGGUAGUGUCAGGAAAAGGGGACAUUCUGUGCCCCCAUCCUCCUCAAAAAAGACCACUGAAUUACUUUUACAAAUGUGCUACCAGAUUCUGGAACACAUUCAUUCAGCUUCAAGGUAGUCGCUAUUUCGUUGCCGCUAUCAAUCAUGCCAACAUUGGCUCCAGUCCUGUCCGGGGACUAAUUAAAGAAGUUUGCACAUGAACAUGGAUUAAAGGGUCGUGUGAAAAUCAGCAGACUAGAGGCUCAAACUGCUAUGAUCACACUGGUGUGUGUGUGUGUGUGUGUGUGUGUGUGUGUGUGUGUGUGU